AUGGCGACCAAUUACCCGACAUCCUCGGUACAUCAGGCCCCGACCAACGUGGGCAACCAUGCAGAGCUGCACGUCGAGGGAUACCCGAAACUUGCUUUCUUUUUCUCACAAUGUGCCAGAUACCUGCAUCUUCGAAGAUUUUCCGCGAUCGCAGUUCGCCUCCUGCUUUACCGUCAGCACGAGCUAAUUGCGCUAGAAGAGAAUCUCAUUGAGCUAGAAGCACGAGAUUUCAACAGUGGCGAUGACCGCCGACGUCUCUCCUCGGUGAACUUUGCUCAUCUCAAAGCGGAGCCUUCAACACCAUCUGGCCUCGAACAACGGCAACUGUAUGAAACGCUCAAACUCGAGAUGAAGGAGUAUGAAGAAGCCAUCAUUCGAUUUAAUCGUCUCGGCAGUAAAGGGUACGACGUAGCAGGGCUCCGUACCGUUCAAGCGUUCCAAGAUAAAAGAAAUAUGCCCCUUUUUGGACUUGAUGCUUCAGUUUGGGGGUCUUUGUGCGAUCCAGAAAGCCACGCCUUCGACAUCAUCCAGGUUGUGGAACAGUCAAACCCUAGUGCAAUAGGACGCUUCUUCAGAGACAAGAUCCUGCUGUGGGCACCGCGGCUUCCGGAAUGGCUUUGGAUACUCUUCUUCUGGUCUAAGAAGCGCCCGGACGCGUUUCACCAGUACAGGUUCAGUGGUCGUGCAUUCGAAGUUGCAUCAUUGGCACUAGGAAAUAUCGCAACUUCCCUCCUCGUUUAUGCCGCGGUGACAUCGCUAUACUUCGCCAAUGCUGGGAAAGUGCUUGCGCUCUCGUCCGCGCAAUUGUCGGAAGACGAUGCUACAACAUGCGAAUUCAGGAUUCAGUUUAGAAGUAUCAUGGAGGUUGCCAUGCGCGGUUGA